AUGUUCAUAGGAUUGAAACGUUUAAAAUGUAUAGGUAAGACACUACCAGUCCACUGUGUGGUGGAAGCAGUAUCAUCUCUGGAGGAAGGUGCAUGGAGAAGACGGACGGUAGUUGAGACUGACAGCUACGUCAUCAUUCCAGCAGCUACCGCUUUCCAUGAGCUGGUUCCAGCCGCCAUGAUGAGACUCGGAUAUCCACACGAAUUGGCUGCCUCAGCUAAAGGAUCUGUAGUAAUAAACAAUUGGAAGCCGCUGCCCUUCGAGCGAAUCUCAGAUGGUCCUCUGGCGACUGUUGGUGAAGUUUUGGGUGAACUUACCACAGUGGCCACCCUCAGAAUCCAAUUGUUGAGACCCCGGCUCACACCGCUCCAAGACAUCAAGGACAAAUUGUUGAGACUUCUCCUGGUGCAGAGUCGACCAUUGCUGAUGUCCACUGGAUGCCCUUUAGAUGAGGUGACGUUGGCGCAAAUAUGUCGGGGGCAAGAUAGGUCUGCUGGUCCGCAUAUAUUCCAUGAACCGACGGAAGAAACUCGCAGAAAGUUUGAGUCGUGGUGGAGUGCCCAAGUUUCUCCGCGGCCACCUCCAUUUAGCCCUAGGCGCUAUCCUUCUCCAGGACUAAAGAGAUCUCCAACUUUGAACACAAUCCCUGAUCAUUUGCAUCCAGCACUUCAGACUGUUCAAAGUCAAUACCCAACACAGAAAACUAGAAUGAGAACGAGUUUUGACCCUGAACUGGAGUUACCUAAACUACAGCGCUGGUUUUCGGAAAACCAACACCCCAGUAGACAGCAGAUACAGCAGUAUGUUCGCGAGUUAAAUAAUUUAGAUUCGAGGAGGGGUCGAAAACCAUUAGAUGUCAACAAUGUUGUGUACUGGUUCAAGAACGCUCGAGCAGCCCAAAAACGUGCUGAAUUACGUAAUAUUAGUGGUUUAAGUCAUCUCGGUAUGAAUGGAUUUAACAGCAGAAGUCACAGCCCAUCGAAUGGUUCUUUACUCGUCGGCAAUGAAAAUUACUCACCCCACGAUCACAAUAUAUUAAAAAGCCCAAUGGGUCAGUUGUCUGGCAGCCCUGGAAGGUACCCCAUGUCAGUAAUGUCAGAAGAUAAUCUGUCAAACGCUGGAUCUGAUUUAGAAGACGAUGGUGUUGACAUGAACACGGACAAUAGGCCAGAGAGUCCAGAUGCACCUUUAUCCCUUAUUACGAUAAAGAAAAACAACAAUGAGAAUGAUAAAGAUGACUCCUUCAAGGAAUCUCCGAAACCACCUGAUAUUAUCAAGGAACACGACAUCAAAGAAGAGCCACGGGACCUUACGAAAUCAGAACGGCUACAUUCGCCCCAGCGUUCACCGGCCAAGAACAGCGACAGUUCGCACAAUAACAACAAUAAUAAUGAAGAUGAAAACGGCGUUAAUGAUGAGCAAGACCUGGCUUCAGACGAUGAAGUUAAUCAAGAGCGGCAUUACCAUCCCGCUUCUCCACACCUUGAUCGGCUGCCAUUUCCCAUGGUACCAAAUCACCCAAUGUUCAGCCAUGGAAUAAUGUACAUGAGCCAAUAUAUGAGUGGCUUUCCAGGCGUGAGCCCGAUCCCCGGUGAAGGCGCUAGCGGUCUGAACCUUGCAUUAGCAGGAGCAUCAGAAGAAAGACGCAAACGCAACCGAACCUUUAUAGAUCCCGUUUCAGAAGUCCCCGUUCUUGAGCAGUGGUUUUCGAUGAACACACACCCGUCACACAAUCUCAUCAUAAAGUACACAGAAGAACUAAACAGGAUGCCAUACAGACAGAAAUUUCCGAGACUUGAAUCGAAAAAUGUGCAAUUCUGGUUCAAGAACCGACGAGCAAAGUGUAAGAGGCUGAAGAUGUCCCUGUACGAGCCAACUUCUCCAGGACAUUAUGUGCACCCAGGUCAUCCACACGCUAUGGCAGAGCGGAAAAUGGUCUGA